AUGGGGCUAACCGCAUCUAAAGUAGUUUCUUUUCCCAUGGAGCAAAAUCUUCGCCUCAAACCUACAGAUGGUGAACCAUUAUCUGACCCUACACCAUAUCGUAGACUUAUAGGUCGACUUUUGUAUCUAAAAGUUACUCGGCCAGACAUCACCUAUGUAGUGAAUAUUUUAAGUCAAUUUAUGCAAAAUCCUAGAACUGCUCAUCAUGCUGCAGCUUUACGUAUUUUGCGUUAUCUCAAGGGAACUAUUGGACAUGGAAUUCUUUUGUCCGUUAAAAGUUCUCUUCAUUUACGGGAUUGUACCGAUUCAGACUAUGCUGAUUUCCAACCACUCGUCGCUCAACAAUGGGACCUUCAUAUUCCUGUUUCAGAACCUUUUGCACUUUAUUGUGAUAGUCAAGCAGCAAUUAUCGCUGAAAAUCUUGUCUUCCAUGAACGAACCAAGCAUAUCAAAAUCGAUUGUUAUUUCGUUCGUGAGAAGAUUCAGACCUUGCAAGCUAAUGCCCAUUUGGUGAAAGUUGGCAAAGGAGGAGGAGUGGAUAAUGGGUUUUGGGGAGAGAGGGUUAGAGGGAAUUUAAUGAAUAGUAAGAAGGAUUUGAAAAAGAGUAGUUUUUUGAGAAGUGAAUUUGGGAAAUGGACAAGGAUUAAAGCAAAUGGUGGUAUUGGUGUUGUUUCAUCUGUUCAUACUUCAGAUCAUGUCACUAAAGAAGCAAUGACCCAUCCAGGACCAGUGUUACCAUAUAAAAUAGCAGACCCAAAUAGUGUAACUUCAGUCAUUUUGGGUGGAGGGUAUGAGAUUGACACAAGCGUUCCAAUUAGCAAUUGCAUCAACAGUGGCAUAAAUAAGAUAUUUAUCCUUACUCAGUUAACUUAUGCUAUCCUCAAUCGCGACCCCAUCCUUCGGAAACAUGUUCACCGAUUCAAGACUGGUAUUGGCUUGGAAGACGGAUGUAUAGAGCUCCAGGCUGCGACUCAGACACAAGAAAAUAUAGGACAGAAGUGGUUCCGAGGAACAACUGAUGCCCUGAGACUGAUCGCACGGGAUGCCAAGAACAAGAACAUCGAGCAUAUAAUGAUCUUGUCAGGCGAUCAUCUUUACAGAAUGGACUACAUGGACUUUGUGCAGAAGCAUAUUGAUACCGGUGCUGAUAUUAGUAUUCCGUGCAUAUCUGUUGAUGAUAGCCUUGCAUCAGAUUAUGGAUUGAUGAAGGUUGACAGUUCUGGUCGCGUCAUCCGAUUUGCUGAAAAACCAAAGGGGGCUGAUUUGAAAGCUAUGCAAGUCGACACUGCUGUCUUGGGGUUGUCUCCGGAGCAAGCCAUUCGUUCUCCCUACAUUGCAUCUAUUGGCAUAUAUUUAUUUAGAACAGAUGUUUUAAUAAAGCUCUUGAUGCCGACGCUUCCCAUUUCUGUGGACUUCGGAUCUGAAAUCCUUCCAUCAGCUGUGAUGGACCAUAAUGCCCAAGCAAUUAUUAUUCUGAAGUGA